AUGUGGCCUGGUCAGGCUAUGGCGUUGAAGGUCAACAAGAUAUUGCAUCACGAGAAAUCAAAGUACCAAGAUGUUUUGGUUUUUGAGAGCAGUGACUAUGGGAACGUUCUUGUUCUGGAUAAUGUCAUCCAGUGUACUGAGCGUGAUGAGUUUGCGUACCAGGAGAUGAUCACGCAUUUAGCUAUGAAUUCUCACCCUAGUCCUAAAAGGGUCCUGAUAAUUGGUGGUGGUGACGGUGGUGUCCUUCGCGAAGUUGUCAAGCACGAUGCGUUGAAGAAGUUAUUCUUUGUGAUAUUGACGAGGUAG